UUGCGUUCCCACGUAGACGCUCCCGCACCUGAUCACAGUUCUCUUCUCGCCCCAAUUCCCAUUCCCCUGUUGCACUCUUCCUUUUAGUUUUAUUACCUCACCCACCGACUGCAAGGGGAGCGAAUCAAAGGAACAAAGAAACGAAGCGUGAAAGAGAAAGAGAAAGAGAGAGAAUCUAGAGAGAGAAAGAGCGAUGAAGAUCACUGCGUUGUUGGUGCUUAAAUGCACGGGCGAGGGUUCCGAUCCCGUGAUUCUCGCCAACGCUUCCGACGUAAGCCACUUCGGUUACUUCCAACGCUCCAGCGUUAAGGAGUUCAUCGUCUUCGUCGGUCGCACCGUCGCCAAACGCACCCCUCAGGGCCAACGCCAAUCCGUACAACACGAAGAGUACAAGGUGCAUACCUACAACAGAAAUGGUCUUUGCGCGUUGGGAUUUAUGGAUGAUCAUUACCCGAUUCGAAGUGCCUUUUCUCUUCUCAACCAGGUGCUCGAUGAAUAUCAAAAAACUUUUGGUGAGUCAUGGAGGACUGCUCAGGAAGACAAUAGUCAACCAUGGCCCUAUUUGAAUGAAGCUCUGCAAAAGUUCCAGGAUCCUGCAGAGGCUGACAAGUUGUUGAAAAUCCAGAGAGAGUUGGAUGAAACAAAAAUCAUCCUUCACAAGACUAUUGAUAGUGUGCUGGCUAGAGGGGAGAGGCUGGACAGUUUAGUUGAGAAGAGUUCUGAUCUGAGUGCUGCAUCGCAGAUGUUUUACAAACAGGCGAAAAAAACCAAUCAGUGUUGUACCAUAUUGUAAGCUUUCAAGAACAUCAGUAUGCUGCGAGCUCUCUUGAAUCCUGUUCCGACAUGGAGACUGUUGGAUAGGAGAAAUAUGUCUAUAUCACUCUCCAUUGUUUGUUUGGUGAAAUUAUGUGAUUUACCCGAUACAUGUAUCGUCUUACCGUGUUGACAAAUUAAAAUUCUCAUUUACCUUCUUGUGAUGUUUACUAUAUGAUAAUUUAUAGUAUGCAUAAUUAUUGUUUUGGUGGAGUCAUUCCAAGUGAAUUUGUAGUUGGAUUGAAUAUUCUCACUU